CUGCUGCUGCUCUCUAUGAGCCUCUUGGUUUUGGUACCACUGGAGGAAAGCUUAUGGGACAGAAAGAAAUGGCUGCCUUUCUCGGUCAUGUCGCCAGCAAAACGUCCUGUGGCUACGGAGUUGCAACAGGAGGGCCUUUAGCUUGGGGUCUGUGCUAUAACAGGGAAAUGAGCCCAAUGCAAUCAUACUGUGACGAGUCCUGGAAAUUCAAGUACCCUUGCAGCCCUGGAGCUGAAUACUACGGACGUGGUGCCUUACCCAUCUACUGGAACUUCAACUAUGGAGCAGCCGGAGAAGCCCUGAAAGCUGAUCUCUUGAACCACCCUGAGUACAUUGAGCAGAACGCGACACUUGCCUUCCAAGCUGCAAUCUGGAGAUGGAUGACACCAAUCAAGAAA